AUGAAGUCUACUAACGACUCGCGUAUUAAUGCUCUCGAAAAUGAGGAGACGAUACCGUCUUCGUCUUCUAAGCCUUCGAAACGUCGUAGUACGGAGGAUAAGCUUGCCGGUGAACCGCAGAAACGACGGCGUCGGGCAUUCUCUUGCUUAUCCUGCCAGAAGCUGAAAUGCAGAUGCGAAUAUGACCCCGGCGCACAAGGUUGUCAUCGGUGCCAGACAUUGAGAAUUGAAUGCUCUCUCCGCGGAGAAAACGUAUUGCCUUCAUCUAAUACAAAUCCGGAGAAAGCUACCUCAAACUUUGAAGAAAGGCUCCAACGUUAUGAAGGCGAAUUGCAAGAAAUCAAGUCAAUGCUCAAAGACCUCACUUCGAGUAAUCAGCCGCAAAGUGGUCGAGCUCCGACUAGCAAAAGUUCUUCCAAUCUUGGAGAUGGCCACUUGCUACGGGCAGAGCAAGAUGAUCGUAUUCCCGAAUAUUUCUCGGCCCCAGCCGACAAGGGAACUCAGUCCGCGCCAAUCGUAGUGUUGAGAUCAAUAUCACAGCAAAUCACCAGAGGGUGCAGGAGGAUGCUGGGACAUAUUGACGUUGAUCUCAUAGAGCUUCAGCUCCUCGACGAACAGACUGCAAAUGAGUUAAUCCACCUUUUCUUCCGUUAUCAAGGCCACAACCUCCUUGUCUGCAGCGUGGAAGAUUUGACUGCGAGUAGCGAAACUCGCAGGGUAUCUGCAUUCUUGCACAGCGUCUGCUGUCUAAUGGGCAUCGUUUACCGUAAUGAUAUAUGCGGAUCAUCGAUGCAUAGGCAGAUAUACGAGCAGGUUCGAAUCACACUAGGACAAGCUCUGUUAUCUAGCCCCCUAAAUCUCCAAGAGAUUAACGCGGUGCUGAUAAUGAGCAAUAACGCGAAUAGCCCAGGUGGUAACGGAGUUGACUACGUCGACAGCUGGUUAUUGACAGGUUAUUGUGCCAAGCAGGCAAUGCUCAGUAUUAGUUUCUCUAAGAUCAUAAACAACAUAAGGCAAGGGAGCUCGACAAACGAUGACCACAAAUCUAUUCAUCUGUGGUCUAAGAUAUGCCUUCACCACCUCCACUGGGCCGCGACAACAGGCAGGCCCUCUAUCAUACCAGCGCCUUAUAUCAACCAAUGCAAUAUCUUACUCAACUUCUACCAAGCCACUAUGCAGGAUGGGAUGCUGGUAGCAGAAAUAUUGCUAUAUUCAACUCUCCACCAGAAGCUCACACACCAGUCAUAUCUCGGGGACGGUGGCGAAUGUAAAGAGUUUCUAGCUUGGAAAGAAAAAUGGAGUCACCUACUAGGCCUUCCGACUUCGUCGAUGCUGAAAAUAGGGUACCACGCUGCCUGCCUUAUUCUGGCCGUUCGGUCGCUAGAAGAGGUUGGGCAAGGACUACGGCCUCGGACGUUCCUCUCGGAGAUAGACGGCGAGGAUGGGAGCGAUACCGAAGCCCAUACUUCAACACAGUCUCGACAAAAGAAGAGCGAUGACGGCAAUAUCUUGAGGAUUAAUGCGUGUAAGUAUGCUAUGCUUGUUUUGCAGACCUUCCUAGACAUGCCGUCCUUCCUCAUGGAUACGAUACCAACCUGCCUAUGUCUCUGCAUCGGCUACUGCGCCCUGCUCCUAGCGCAUUAUGACGAGUCGCAGUCAAAAAUCUCAGACCAAGUGAGCCGGGACCUGAUUUUACGGAUCGACCAAUGGAUUAGGAUGUCUCCGGGUAAAGCCUGGUCUUUCAAGUACGGAGCUCUUGCCAAGCACAAAAUGGAAUCUCGAACCAACAGUGAUACAGGGCCAAACAGUAAUCAACAACCGGCAAGGACACAUAGCCGGGACCAGGAUGAGGAGCAAGGCGGAAUAGACGCGCCGGUGGGCAUAAACGACCGUAAUUCCCAGCAUGAGACGUCGGGAUAUCACACGAGGGAAGAAUGCGCGGUGGAGGCUGGGCAACUUGAACCCGAGUCGCUGUUCCCGCCAUUCGAUAUAUCAGAGCAUGCGAUAUUUCCUAGGAUGGAAGACUUCUUCGGGGGCGGCUUCUUGGAUUUCGUAGGGUAA